CUGGUCCGCUGCCGUACUUUUCCUUUAAGAGCUUGCAGGGUUGGUCUGCGAAAGUCAUUCUGUAAUCAAAUUGGAGUCGGUGAGCUGGGAUAGGCUGGGAGUUCGGUUCAGGGCAGGCCGACCAACAUACUGCAAGACCACAGCGAGGAAAGAGCGAAAAGAGAAAGAACGGACUGAAUGUGUAGCAGGGCAGAGGUUCAUAUAUGUAAAUUGAAUUUACCGCAAGUCUUUUCCACGUACCAACACAGAUCGGACCAACGUGGAUGACACAGAUUGGAUGUGGAAACUUUUGCAGCCGCGUCUGAUCUUUGCAAAACUGGACUGUUAUUUUCAGUGAGAUUGAGAAGGAUUAAACCAUGCCAAGGCGGGUCGUACAAGAAGUAACAGUCCAAGAUGUUCAAAAGAGGAGAAAUCCAAACAAACACUAUGUUUACAUCAUCAAAGUCUGCUGGUCCGAUGGCUCCACGGAGAUCAUAUUCCGACGCUACAGCAAAUUCUUCGACCUCCAGAUGGAGCUUCUGGAUAAGUUCCCUGUGGAAGGAGGGCAGAAGGACCCUAAGCGAAGAAUCAUUCCCUUUCUCCCAGGGAAGAUCCUGUUCAGAAGAAGCCACAUCAGGGAUGUGGCGAUGAAGCGCCUGAGGCCAAUAAACGAGUACUGCAGGGCUCUGAUCCAGCUGCCAGUCUACAUCUCCCAAUGCGAGGAAGUCCGUGUGUUCUUCGAGACCCGCCCUGAAGACCUCAACCCUCCCAAAGAGGAACCAAUUGGGAAGAAGAAGUCAGGGAUUGUGGCGAGGGCGACUACUUUCCUAAAGAGAGGAGAGUCCAGUUCUGCUGACCCUCUGCUCCUCGACCAGUAUGUGGCCGUCACCAGCUACGAGAAGCAGGAGAGCUCUGAGAUCAGCCUGCAUGUGGGGCAGGUGGUGGAGGUCAUUGAGAAGAACGAGUCUGGCUGGUGGUUCGUCAGCUCAGAGGACGCCCAGGGCUGGGUCCCUGCCACCUGCCUGGAGGCCCAGGAUGACCCAGACGACUUCUCCCUGCCGAGCGAGGAAGAGGAAAAGUACACAGUGAUUUACCCCUACACGGCCCGCGAUAAGGACGAGAUCAACUUGGUGAAGGGAACGACCGUGGAGGUGAUUCAGAGGAACCUGGAGGGCUGGUGGAAGAUCCGGUACCAAGGACAAGAGGGCUGGGCCCCGGCAUCCUAUCUGAAGAAGGCUGACAUCCUGACCCAGAAACUGGCCGCCGGCGCCGCGGCCCACGCCAGCACCAACGACCUGGACGGGUUCUCCAAGCAGCAGAAUGCCUCCAAGGACAACCGGGACAACCAGAGGGACCUGCGCCUCUCCCCCUUCUCCGAAAGCAAGCGCAAAGCAGGCCUGAGACAAAGACCUCCCCCACGGCGUGAUCUCACCAUUCCCCGGGGCGUGAACCUGCCAAAGCCUCCGACGCCACCCCAGGUGGAGGAGGAGUACUACACCAUCGCUGACUUCCAGACCACCAUCCCUGAUGGCAUCAGCUUCCAGGCUGGAGUCAAAGUGGAGGUGAUUGAGAAGAAUUCCAGUGGGUGGUGGUACAUCCAGAUUGACGACAAGGAAGGCUGGGCUCCGGUAACAUUUAUCGACAAAUACAAGAAAACGAGCAGCGCGUUGCGGCCCAACUUCCUGGCCCCUCUGCCCAAUGAAAUGGCUCAGCUGAAGCUGGAGGAUGGUGCCACCAACAGCUCAAGUCAGGAUGACAGCUGGUCCAAACCGCUGCCCGACGAGCCGUCAACGAGCAACGAUUCCGCGGCCCGUCCCAAGCUGAGAGACUGGAAAUCCAAUGCUGCAAAGGGUGGCCCGUCCGCCUCCAACGUGUUCUCCGGUCCCCUGCCCCCAGCCCCCGCCCCACCAGCUGAGGAGAAGCCAGCUCUUCCGCCACGAAGAGAAUCUAUUAACAAGAGCCUGGAGGCUGACACUGUGGAGAAACCCAGGAUGGACCUGGCCAAAGCUUUGCCCCCUAAGCCCCCCGCACCGGGGGUCAUCAUGCCCCUGGUGACCCCCAAGGCAGCCCCCUUCAAGCCGGAGAAACCCCCCGAGCCCAAGAGGGAGGAUAAGAACAAGCCGCUGCACCUGAAGAAUGAGAUGGGACUAGAGUGCGGCCACAAGGUCUCCGCCAAAGAGGUGAAGAAGUUCAAUCUGAAGCCCAUUGCCAAGCCAGCCAAGCCCAAACCCGAGCCGCCAGAGGAGAAGCCUGAAAUGAGCCCGGCACCGUUCCUCAAGCCCAAACCCGUGAUCCGCCCCAAACCGCCCCCUGUGGUUCGACCCGACGCCCCGCCAGAGAACAAGCUGGAUAUAACCAACCUGAGGAGCAAGCUGCGUCCCCCAAGGCCCGCCGAGAUUGGCUUGGGCACCGAGGGGGCUCCGCAGGACAACAACUCCCAUGACAACGCGCUCAACAACGGCAAAGGUGCCGAGGAGCCCAAAUGUCCACCCAAACAGCAAAACGGCCAUGGGCAGGAUGGGAUGGACACCCCAAAACCUGAGGUGCCAAGCCACAAAGAGCCACCACAGAGGCCUAACAUCGCCCCUAGAAGACCCCCUCCUCCAAAAAAGACCGAACCUGCCAGCCCCACAGAAACCAAAGCUCCCCAGAAAGACUUCCCAGAGUCCAAACCUGCCCCCCAGCAGGGUAGACCCCCUCCCCCUAAGCCCAAGGCUUUCAUGCAGCCGCCCUCCAAAGACAAGGAAAAGGAAAAGGACAAGGAUGACCCCAAGGCCCGAGUGCCUAUCCCACCAAAGCCCAUCUCCAAGGCCGAGAAACCCGAGCCGCCGAGAGAGAAACUCCCACCCCUCGUCAAGGAUAUGGCAAAAGAGGAGCUGUUCCUGGCCGUGGCCGACUUUGACGGUGAUGACCAGACCUCAGGGUUCAAGGAAGGGACAGUGUUCGAGGUGAUGGAGAAGGACAACAGCGGUUGGUGGUUUUGUAAAAAUGUUAGCGGUGGGCCAAUGAAGGAGGGCUGGAUCCCCUCCAAUUACUUAACCAAGAAACCCUAGUUUCUGAUUCCCUUUUAACUAUAUAUUUAAUUAGCUUUUUUAUUUAUAGGUGGUACCUUAAUAGUAGCAUUUUAUUACAUUCCAUUCAUUUUGAGCUUGAGUUAGAAAUUGCAAAGGAACAGCCCUUUAAGCAGGUAUUAUUGGAUCCUGUUUGUUCAACAGUGUUAUUUGAGACUGAAGAAAGAUUCUAUUCAGGACAGCAUGGAGCAUCGUUGGGACAGAACCGUUUCUAGGUCACAUCGUUCACCUUGUGUGCCAUAUAUUACACAAGCUUAUAACGUAAUUUUAUAAUAUAAAUAUAUAUAUAUAUAUCACAAAAGCUGUAUUAGACAAGCAAUAUAUAUGUGUCUUUCAUGCCUUCCAUAAUAUUGUGCCUCAGUAUAAUAUCAAAGUUUUCCAAGCUUAUAUGCAAGCAAGGUCGUCUUCGUCAGUAUAUAUAUCACUAAAACUGAAGUGUAAUGAGCAAAUUUGUAACUGACAAUGCAAUGGAACAAAGGAAUGAGACUAUUCCAUACCGGACUGCCAAAAUGGGCCUGGAGCAGGCCAAGUACUUGGACACACCAGGGAAAAGUUCUGGGUUGAACCUAACCACAAGAGGACUUCAAGAAGAGCUUUCGCCAAGUACUGUCAAGUGCUAAUAUGAUUAUUUUUUACUUUUAUCAUCAUGCUUUGUGAAUGACUUUUUUUAUUAUUUUGUCCACGACAUUUUUAAGCUGCAUAUUGUUAUUAAAGGUGAAUUUUUGAGAAUGGCAGAUAUGCACUUUUCAACUCAGCCAGCAGCUCAGGUUCAUGAACUGUGGCUCCUUUUUUUUUUUUUGUGAAGAUGUGAAGUAUGCUGCUGAAAAGCAUACUGUGUAACUGACACAUGUAAGCCUGAGUGUCCACAUCAAAA